AUGUAUACAGUGCCAGAUGACCGCGUUUCUUCCCGUCGAGUUUUAGAUAAUUCUGAAGCCUUGGAUACUUUAGAACGUUGUUAUAGAUUGCUAGCAUCUGCAAAACCAACAAGAACACCUCUGUCUGCGUCUUCAAAUAAAGCCACUCCCCCAAAUGUUUUAGGAAGAUUCCUUAAACGACAAAUAUUUCUUUUGAUAAAGGAUAGAGUUACCAAACUAGACCACAACCUUUUCGACGUUAUCUGGCCAGCUGUAAAGAAGCUGCCUGAUAGUAGAAAUAUUAUACAAACCGUGGAGGAAGAUUUUCCUGGAGGCGUCACUGCGCCAGAUUAUUAUGUUUAUGAAGUAUUUUCAGAAUUUUUAACGCCACUCAUUAAAGAUCUUCACAAUAUGAAUGUUAAUUCUGAGCUACCCGAACAUCCAAUAUCAGAUUUUGUAAAAAAUAUACAAUUAAAAGAUGUCACUGAACCUCUAAUAGAAAUAAAUGUCGAUCCUGGAGAAGAUUUCGUACUAUCUGGGACAAUGGAGUGCUCAAGAAAUCUCGAUGGAUUUGAAUUACCGUUGAACUUAAAAAUCGGCAAACUCGAAACAAUUGAAAGAAUUAUAACUACAAUUUUGAUGAGACCAGAGUUCUCAAAAAUUAUAGAACAAUUCAAUCCCGAGUCCGACCAAAAAUGGGGAACUUAUUACACUAUGAAUGAGGUUUUAGAGAAGCCUUCCGAAAUUAGUGCAACGCUAGCAGCAUCUGGAUUACUUAUCCCAAUUUGUGAUAGAGAAGAAAUUGAUGAUAGCACUCAUCUUCAUGGUCUGCAUUGGCCGUAUGGUCGUGGGGUUUUCUUAAGUGAUGAUAAAACUGUAGCCGUUUGGAUUAAUGUUCAUGAUCAUUUACGGGUACUAAUUUCUAGACCCCUUGAUUCACCGGGGGAAAUUGGACUUACAUUCAGCACUUUGACUCGUAUAAUGUCAUAUUUACAUAAUAACAUAGAUUUCGUUUGGGAUCAUAAAUUAGGUCAUUUGUCCAGCAGACCAACUUUUUUAGGGGCAGGCAUAAGAUUUAGUCUUAUUGUAAACUUUCCCGGUUUGGCAAAAGAUACUGAUAAUAUGAAACAUUUAUGUGCUAUGCGAGGUUUGCAAUACAGAGAAACAUUAAGUCCUGAUAUAGCAAGAAUAAGCAAUUAUCAGUGUUUAGGAAUCACGGAAUCAAAUUGCUUUAAAGAUUUUGCUACGGCGACUUCAAAUCUACUUCAUCUAGAAAAAGAUUUUCUGAUGCAAAAUUCUGCUCAUAUAGCAACAUUACUAAGUAAUAUUUUCCGUAAAAAGAAGAAUAGCUUAACGGGUGUACAAGAUCCAAUAAAUCCAAUGUAA